UUAUUUUACAAACCUUCCCCCGUUACAAACAAUUUUUGUUUAAAUAUCGCCAUGGGAAAUUUUAAACUUCCCGCCACCCUAGUGCUCUUCCUCGCUUGGGUGUCUCACUCCACCCUACAGAACGUCAUUCCCCCCGAACUAGAAGAACAAAUUGACACUUUUGUUGUCCAAAUGAUGGAAAAACAGCACAUUCCUGGCUUGGCCCUUUCCCUCGUGAGGUCAACGGGUGACCUCCAUUUCACCAAGGGUUACGGACUGCGCGACUUGGAAAACAACCUUCCCGCCGAUAACAACACACUCUUUGCGAUUGGCUCAGCUUCCAAAUCCUUCGCGGGAGUGAUCAUUGCAAAAAAGUUGAAUGAGCUGUUUCCCGCGUUGGGAGAAUCCGUUUUGGACGUGCCGAUUCGAGAGUUAGCGCCCACAUAUGAUUUUACCCUGGUGGACAGGUACAGGUCGGAGCGGGUGACCUUUCGUGACCUCUUGGCGCACAGGGUUGACAUCAUGGCGGAAAUGUCGGGAAUGCUGGCGCAGGCUUAUGACACGGUGGACGAAAUGUUCUUCCGGUAUCGUUAUGCCCCAGAAUCGGAACCUUUUCGGACAACUUUCCACUACAACAAUGGCCUGAUUGCAAUGGCGUCUCACAUUUUGGCGCAUAUGGCCAACACCACUUACGAAAACUUGCUUGGCGAAUUCCUCACUGAUGCUGGAAUGAUGGACACGACGUGGAUCAAACCCACGGACGACCACAACAACAUGAUGUUCCGAGCUGUCCCGUACAUUUGGAAGGAUGAAAAUCACACUAGAUAUAAUCCCGAACUCUUAAAAUCGGUCUCCUUUAUCCUGGCGAGCGGAGCAAUUUUAACGUCCGCCAACGACUUUACGAAAUAUAUGUUGCUUCAUUUAAACAAAGGAAAAGUUGGGGAUCGUCAAGUCGUUCCGGAAGAAGUGAUGGGUUGGCUGACCAAAGUCUCGAGCAGCACGUACGACGCCAUCACAAAAACGCCAGAAGACCCCGACGCCCUGGUCGAAGUCAGCGUUGGAUACAGAAUCUGCUUGUACCUCGGGGUUUACAAUGGGUGGGUCCGGGUAGGUCACACGGGAUACAUCCCUCCCUACAUAACAAUGUUCUACCUCUACCCGGAUUUGGGGCUGGGCAUGUUCGCCAGUUUGACGGGUCCGGGUCCGGGCGGAUUUGAGCUGGAAGGCUUCACAAGCGCCAUAUUUAACAUGGUCACGGGAUCUCCGGUAAAAACUGGGAACCUACCGAAAAUUGAUUAUCACUCGAUGUUUAACGGUUUUCCGACUUUCGACAUACGUCGAAAUGCGAAUACUCGAAGUCUUGAAUGGGCUGAAACAAACGCUGUCAACAUUUCACUCGAGCAAGCAGUUGGCACUUAUGGGAGCGGAUUUAAUGGUGAAAUUAACCUUUCGAUCCGCACCAACGAAAACGGAAAUCCUCAACUUUACUGGAAAUACGGGAAAAUGGGGGAGGCUUGGCUGAUCCAAGUUUCCCCCUCGACGUUCCUCCUCUCAAAAUGGGGGUCGGAUUUGUGGAUGGUUUACUGGGCGACGGGGGCCGGCUUUGGGACCCUCCAAUUGACCUUCCUCGACCUCAACACCAUCCGACAAAAGGAACUUGGUCAACAAUUGACCACCGAGUUCAUAAGGGGAGAAAAAUUGGACGAUUUGCCAUUAAUUCCAUGGCAACCGGACAGUUGUUAAGAGAACUUGAUCAAGAAAAAUUUAUCAAAUACUUUUAAAACAAAUUUUCAAAAUUAUGUAAGAAUUAAAAAAUAAAUGCAAAGUUAAUAAACAGUUUUAACAAAUUA